GACAUAAGGACAUAACCCAACCUUACCAUAUAAAUAGCAAUACAUUACCCAUUCCUAAUUUAACAGUGCUAUUAUGUUUCGGUAGUUUAUUAGAACAUUUGACUUCGUGCGAAAAACCGAUUGUUUAUAAUUAAAAAAGAAAACAGUCAACUGAAUCAAUGCCGAAGAAGAAAGGAAACUGGAAAUGUUCAAAUUCAGAUUUUACGUUAAAAGACUCCGCAGACGCGCCAAAACCAAUCAGACGUCUGAAAAAAGCACAGAUAACAGAUACCGGUGAAGUAUCAUGGGAUGAGAUGGCAGACUAUGACCUGGUCGAAGAGAUAGAUGCAGAGGGCUAUAAAAGGUACAUAUACAAGAAAAAGAGCAGUGCAAAACUUGAAGUUGACAUUGAAAAGCGACCAGGUAUAGUAUACCCAGAAAUUGUAUUUUAUCUCAUAUCAGCUUAUAUCAAACCGGAGCAAAUAGGCAGUUUUGCUGCCAUAAAUAAAGCGUCAUACGCCUGCACGCAACGGGAAUCAUUCUGGCGCAAUCUAUACAAGCGUUACUGUCAGGGCCAUCCUCGGUUACCACAGAGAUUGAGGAUUGAGAAUAGUUUUAAAGUGUAUGGCUUAAAGCAGAGAGUCAUACGAGCGUUGCACCAUACAUACAGUGUGUUUGUACAUAAGAUUGAGCUAGAUGCUAUACAGGACAGUAGACCGCACCGUCUGGUGAAACGUCGCUGCAUAAAUGUGUGGUAUAAUAAAGGACCAAUAUAUUGGCUGGUGUAUUUCAAGUUGAAGAAGGUGCCGCUGGAACGGCCACAGAUUGGAAACGGGAACAUGUUGGACGAGCUGGAUAGGAUUGAUGCUAAUCCGGAUGAGGAUUGUCAAGUGUUGCAGGUGACCUGCACAAGUUUCCACGAAGUCCCACCACUCCUCGGCAUGACACUGAGCUCUGUAUCCGUUGUCCUCUCACCAGGGUUCCGUCACCACCGUCUCAGCCUAGGCUUCAGCACCAGCGCGCACAACAUCUCCCGGAACCUAGUCCCGGACCAAUCCAUUGUCAUAGACACCGUUGUGACUAUCUUUGUGUUUGACUGGUGGCACCCCAAGUACCCGCAUUUUGAUAAUAUUCUGCCUGCGAGAGUGAAGGAUGAGGAGUCUAUGCCGGUGUUAAAGAAAGAGUUCUUUAAUAUGAGUUUAGUGGAUUGAUUGAGGUCUUUUGGUGAUAUAUGUGCCGUGUUUUUGCUGCCU